AUGCCCCAAGUUCUGGGAAAGCAAGUUGGCCCUGUCGCCUACGGCCUCAUGGGCUUCACAUGGCGCCCAAAUGCUACCCCUCUACAGCAGGCCAUUGAAGCUAUGCACGCCGCCUCCAACAAUGGCUGCACCCUCUGGAGCGGAGCCGAAUUCUACGGAACUCCAGAGUACAACAGCAUGACCCUGCUCAAGGCUUAUUUUGCAAAGUAUCCUGAAGACGCCGAUAAGAUCACCAUAGCCAUAAAAGGUACCUAUAAUCUCGAAAAAUUCCAGCUCGAUGGAUCCCCCGAGAACGUCCGGAGGUCGAUCAACAACGUGAUCAACCAACUCGGCGGAACCAAGAAGCUUGACCUCUUUGCGCCUUCGAGACGAGACCACAAGGUUCCUUUUGAGACAACCCUCAGCGUCAUCCAGAAGGACGCCGAGACUAUCGAGGAGGCUGUCAAGAUUGCCAAGAUCAGUCUCGUUGAGGUCGAGCUCAGCUUGUUUAGCACAGACAUCUUACAUAACGGCGUUGCUGCCGCCUGUGCGAAGCACAACAUCCCCAUCAUGGCUUAUUCACCCAUUGGACGUGGCAUGCUUACUGGUCGGUUCAACAACAGCUCUGAGUUCCAAGGCCAAGGAAUUGCCAGCCGCUUCCCUCGUUUCCAACCCGAAGCUUUCCAGCACAACCUUAAGCUUGUUGAGCAGGUCAAGGCUGUGGCUGAAAAGAAGGGUGUUACGCCGGCACAACUCGCAAUCAACUGGGUCAGAAGCCUGAACGGCCGCGAAGGAUUACCUACUAUAAUCCCGGCACCAGGAGCAACUACAGUGGUUAGAGUAGAGGAAAACGCUCAACAUUGCCCGCUUUCGGAAGAAGAGAUGAAGACCUUGGAGACGAUAGCCAAUGAUUUCGAGGUUUCUGGAGGGCGAUACCCAGAUGGCAUGCCGAUGGAGACGUAG